CAUUCCGCGCGUGGUAAAGGAGACACUUCCAGACCUAUUUUGAGUUUUAAACUCCAUCAUAUUCUUUUAAUGUUGUGCCGCGACAAAGUGAACAUGACCAUCUUUUUAAUAACCCACCAGGCAGUUUGAGAAAAAAAGCUUUGAAAAUCAAAGCUUCCGGAGCAGAACGCCACUGCGUUUGCGCAUGCGUCCUGGAUUUAACCGGGGUACACAAUGGAGUCGGACGUACAUAGACAUAACUGGAUUUAAUAUUAAAAGCCCCGACGCCUUUGAGACCACUAGUUGGUAUAUUGUGACAUAACCGCGGGGGUUAAAGCGAGCAGUGGCCCACCGCCCGCACUCGAGCUGAGCUGAAACAGAAAGAGUGCUGAGUAACUGCUGAGUUCACCUGCUGUGUGUCAGGGCUCCUGUCUUCCUCUACCAGUGGCUGCUCCUCUGACUGUCCUCUGCAUUUUGUCCAUGCCUUUGUUUGAAAGAGCAGUGAAGUAGAAACCGUCCGAUCACCGCCAAGGAAAAUGUCAGAGGUCAACAUAGCAAAGCGCAAGGAGAAGUGUGAGAACUGCACCAAACAGUGCAACAAGAAGCAGAGUGAUGAUGGUGCCAACUCACACCAGGAGAGCGAUGAAGUCAACGGACAGGUGCAUGAAGGAUCCCAGUUGCUGCUGAGCGCCUGUCUGUCUUGUGAUGGCUGCCUAACAGAGGAGGAGAGCUUGAAGAUCUCUCAGCAGAGCCUGCAGGAAGUGGAGCGGGUUCUGGCACUCAAUAAGAAGUGUGACGUGUCGAAGCACAAGGUGCUGGUAGCGUCCCUUUGUCCGCAGUCUCUGCCUUUCUUUGCCGUCAAGUUUGGUCUGGACGUCACUGAGGCCGCCCACAAGCUCUGUGGCUUCCUCAAGAGUUUAGGAGUGCAGUAUGUGUUCGACACCACUCUGGCGGCAGGCUUCAGCAUCUUAGAGAGUCAGAAGGAGUUUAUUCAGAGGUACCGAAGGAGGCACCAUGACACCCACGCCAUGCCCAUGUUCACCUCCUCCUGCCCAGGGUGGAUCCGCUAUUCAGAGCGUGUUCUGGGCAGUUUGGUCACCCCUCAUAUCUGCACUGCCAGGUCUCCUCAGCAGAUCAUGGGCUGUCUGGUCAAAGACUACUUCUCUAAACAGCAGAAGCUGAGUCCAGAGAAAGUCUACCACGUGUUGGUGGCUCCCUGCUUUGAUAAAAAACUGGAGGCUGUCAGAGAGGAGUUUUACAACAGCCUGCUAGAGACCAGAGAUGUGGACUGUGUCCUCACCUCAGGGGAGAUCUAUUGCCUGAUGGAGCAGAGGAAGGUUUCAGUGGAGGAGCUGGACUCAGUUCCACUGGACCAUGUGCUGGGCGAGGCCGGAGACGUGGCGCUGGUGAGGCACGAGGGCCGAGGUUCUGAAGGCUUCCUGGAACACCUCUUCAAACAUGCAGCCAAAGAGCUCUUCGGCCUGGACGUCCAUGAGAUCACAUACAAGAACCUCAGGAACCGAGACUUCCAGGAAGUAACUCUGGAGCGGGAUGGGGAGACUCUGCUGCAGUUCGCUGCCGUCUACGGUUUCAGGAACAUCCAGACUCUGGUUCACCGGAUGAGAAAGGGGCGGGUGCCUUACCAGCUGGUGGAGGUGCUUUCCUGCCCAGGAGGAUGCUUGAGCGGUCGCGGGCAGGCGGAGAGCGAGGCGGGAGGCCGGGUGGAUAAAGCCCUAGUCCAGCAGAUGGAGGAGGCGUACAGCAGCCUGCCAGUCCGUCUCCCGGAGGUCAACCCCGCCCUGCACACCCUCUAUCAAGACUGGCUGCAGGGCCAGGACUCCUCGCAGGCCAGCACGCUCCUGCACACCCAGUACAGGAAUCAGACUCAGAGCCACACGCAGCCCCCACACAUGCAGUGGUGAGGAGAAAAAGGACAUGAUGGAAGCUGAGUGCUUGCCGCCUCUUGCAUUUAAUCUGAUUCUGCUUGGACCGUCUCAUCGAUCAUGCUGGCACCAUGAAGGACCGCAGCAAUUCUUCAAUUUGGCCACAGGGGGGCGAUGUCUGUAUUUACAACUUGUGUGCCAAACCUGAGCCCUGAGGACAAACGAAGGUCCAGAGUGCAGAAACACACACUUUAUUAUCAUCGUAUGCAGACUGAGGCAGUGAUGUCAUUCGGCUGCAGAUAAAGGGAACAUUACAGGAAGUCUGUAGCAAACUACCUGAACUAUUUAUGUGCAUUUACAGAGCAAUAAGCCACUGAGAAAACGUAUAACAACUGGAGCUCAUGAAGGGAACAUGCAGAUGCUGAAUGUUAAGGAGUCCAAUAUAACCUGUCCAGUAUGAAACCUGAUGUUUUCCUUUGUGUUAAAGGUUGUCUCCACUGUUCCUCCCUGAAAGACAAGACCGUUUGAUCUCAAACACAUUGAUAACUAUGCAACAGCGCGACCGUCUAAUCUCAGCCGUCCUAGUCCAUGGAAAGUGAGGCUGCUGCUGUAUGAUUCAAGGUUCAAAGUCUUUUAAUAACCCCACAGUGUUUGCUUAUGUGUAACUAUCAGCCCAGUGUUUGGUUGAUCCGUCCCUGUGAAGAAUCAAGAGUCAUUAUUUUUUAAAUGGUACAAGAUGAUUUCAUUUGUAUUAUCACUUUGUUCCCAUUCCACAAGCUCGUCCUUUUAAGUUAUAUGUUGUUCUUCCUUCUUUGUUUUACGAGAUCAAACAAACAUGUUAAUGAAGCACUAAAAUCUUCUGACAAAUGAAGUGUUGUCUCAUUUCAACGUCGUGUGUGUCGUUCAUGAACAGAGGCAGAACUUUUGGAAACGUGUGCUACUGCUAAUCCACAAAACAGUUUUUAAUGUUAAAACUCUAACAUGUCAAACGGAGCUCUGUGGAUUGUCCAAUGCCGUGAGCUCCACUGAUGAAACUUCAUUGUGAUAUCCCAAAAUCUUAGGGAAUUUAAGCAGAACUGCUCACAUGACGACAUACAUAUGUUUUUUGUUUUUUUCAUUUGAGUGAAACCUUUUUAAAAGUGUUUCAUGUGUACAGUGUGCAAACCAUAGUACAGUUAAUUUAUUGAUGCAAAAUUAAAGUCUAAUUUAAUCAAACUGCUGAAAUGAUUUAUGGUGUAAAGAUGCCAGUCCCUGCUUCUCAAAUGUAAAGCCUGUGCUGCUUAUAUCACUGGGAAUGGAAUAUCAUUGGAUUUUGGAUUGCUGGUCGGACAAAUCAAGCAAUUUGAGGACGUCGCCUUAGAUUGUUGGAAAUUUAAAUUGGCCUUUAUUUGACUAUCUUCUGAUAACAUACAGAACUAAAUCAAUGAAUGUAAAAACAAUGUUUAUUUGUUUUGAUCCCCGUUAGCUUCCACAGAGUGGUUGGUGUUGCUGGAGUCCACACAAAGCAUUAAAAACAACUUGUGCAACACUGGAGAAAGGUGCAAACAGCUCAUCCGGUUGUGCCAGAAAUUCUAAACUUUCCCUACCAACACCUCCAGUUUCCAGUUUUUAAAUCUGAAGAAAGGAAUGUAAUUCAUUGUUGUCGUGGUCAGGGAGGUGCGUUUUGUUGUUUUGGGCCAACGGCAGCAGCGAGCGUUGAGUUCCUGGAGUAUGAUUCACCUUGAGGCUGCUAGAUGGCCAAAGAUACUAAAUGAAGACUUUCCAGACAUUUCCAGUGAAAAAUGCAUGUACAGAGCAACUCUACAGAGGCCUGUACCAACUUGUUUGUAGACGUGAUCCCACCGGAUGAGCAGUGCUCACUGUCCUGUAUUAUACCUAUGACAAAAAUACACAUUUUCACCAAAGACUGGGUGUAUUAUUCCGAAGGAUAUUUGGCAUGAAUAACAGAAGAGUAGAUUUUGAUUGAACCGCCACGGUUAUCCAUGAUAGUCGCUGAUGCAUUGUGUUAUCAAGGAAAGAAUAAAGAAGAAUCAAUCUGGCUGCUCU